GAAACCCGGACCAUUCUUAAUCCUUUAGGCCAGGCGAGGCCCACGACGUUGACAUGCCGGAGAUCCGCCUCCGCCAUGUAGUGUCCUGCAGCAGCCAGGACUCGACCCACUGUGCAGAAAACCUUCUCAAGGCAGACACUUACCGGAAAUGGCGGGCAGCCAAGGCAGGGGAGAAAACCAUCUCUGUGGUCCUACAGUUGGAGAAGGAGGAGCAGAUACACGGCGUGGACAUUGGGAACGAUGGCUCAGCCUUCGUGGAGGUGCUGGUGGGCAGCUCGGCUGGAGGGACUGGUGAGCAAGACUACGAGGUCCUUCUGGUCACCUCAUCUUUCAUGUCCCCUUCUGAGAGCCGCAGUGGCUCAAACCCCAACCGUGUUCGCAUUUUUGGGCCUGACAAGUUGGUCCGGGCAGCAGCUGAGAAGCACUGGGACCGUGUCAAAAUUGUUUGCAGCCAGCCGUACAGCAAGGACUCCGCCUAUGGCCUGAGUUUUGUGCGGUUUCACAGCCCCCCAGACAAAGAUGAGGCAGAGGCCCCCUCCCAGAAGGUGACCAAGCUUGGCCAGUUCCGUGUGAAGGAGGAGGAUGAGAGUGCCAACUCCCUGAGACCAGGGGCUCUCUUCUUCAGCCGGAUCAACAAGACAUCCCCAGCCACAGCCAGUGACCCGGCAGGACUCAGCUAUGCAGCUGCUACACUCCAGGCCUCUAGUGCCACCUCUUCAGCCUCUCCAGUCUCCAGGGCUGUAGGGAGUACCUCCAAGCCUCAGGAGUCUCCCAAAGGGAAGAGGAGGUUGGAUUUGAACCAGGAAGGAAGGAAGACCCCCAGCAAACCAUCAGCCCAGCUCUCGCCACCUGCCCUCAAGAGACCCAAAUUGCCAGCUCCCACCCAAUCAUCAGCCACAGCCCCAGUCCCUGCCCCAACACAGAAGGCAGUGCCAGGGAAGCCCCAGGGAGAAGGCACCAAGCCCAGGGCAGCCCGAGCUGGCCCACAGGAGCUGAGCAAGAUCCUUCAGGGUGUGGUGGUGGUGCUGAGUGGCUUUCAGAACCCGUUCCGCUCAGAGCUCCGGGACAAGGCCCUUGAGCUGGGGGCCAAGUACCGGCCAGACUGGACCCCAGACAGCACCCACCUCAUCUGUGCCUUUGCCAACACCCCCAAGUACAGCCAAGUCCUAGGCCUCGGAGGCCGCAUUGUACGUAAAGAGUGGGUGCUGGACUGUCAUCGCAUGCGCCGGCGGCUGCCCUCCCAGAGGUACCUCAUGGCAGGGCCAGGCUCAAGCAGCGAGGAUGAGGGGGGCUCUCACAGCGGCAGCAGCGGGGAUGAAGCCUCCAAGCUUCCCCGAAAGCACCCCCAGACCAAAACCAAGCCCCCUCAGGCAGCUGGACCCAGCCCACCCCAGAGGCCCCCAACUCCACAAGAGACCAAAGCAGCCUCACCAGGGCCCCAGGAAGAUACUGACACUGAGGGGGAGCAGUCAGGACAGAACAACAGGGCGGAAGAUUCUGGGGACACUGAGGAUGAGCUGAGGAGAGUGGCAGUGCAGAGAGAACAAAGGCAGUCCCCUGGCCAGGGGGAGAAUGGUGAGGACCCGUACGCAGGCUCCACAGAUGAGAACACAGACGAGGAUCAGCCCGUUUCUCCCAGCCUGCCAGUUCCUGAGCUGCCAGACUUCUUCCAGGGCAAACACUUCUUCCUGUAUGGGGAAUUCCCUGGGGACGAGCGGCGGAAGCUCAUCCGAUAUGUCACAGCCUUCAACGGGGAGCUUGAGGACUAUAUGAGCGACCGGGUCCAGUUUGUGAUCACAGCACAGGAAUGGGACCCCAGCUUUGAGGAGGCCCUGAUGGACAACCCCUCCCUGGUGUUUGUGCGUCCCCGAUGGAUCUACAGUUGCAACGAGAAGCAGAAAUUACUUCCUCACCAGCUCUAUGGGGUGGUGCCGCAGGCCUGAAACAUGCUUGUGUGCAUGUGCGUGUACACCCACACACACACACACACACACACACACACACACGAAUUUAAUAAAGAUGACUUGGUUUGGAGCAGCUGCCCCUCCUCUCUCA